GAUGUCCGAUCGACCUUGUUUGUAAUAAUAUAGGUUAAGUUAUCAUUUGCUUCAAUUUCCUAUUAAUCAAUCAAAAUGCCUGAUGUUGAAAAAAUCCAAAUUCCUACGACUGAAAGUUUGCUUGUGAAAGCAGUCAGUAGCUUUGUCGCAUUCUUUGAAGCACCAGGAGAUUGGGUUCGCAAGACCAUAGUCGAGCCAAAUCAAAAAAAGUACCCUUAUUACCAUCAGCAAUUUAGAAGAGUGCCAACUAUUGACCAGUGCUAUGAUGAUGACGUCAUUUGUAAAUUUGAAGCCGACCAGCAGUUUGAAAGAGACAGGAAAGUAGACUCACAAAUCUUGCAGAUCCUGCGUGCGAGAGUAGAGGAUUGCUUCAUAUAUGAAGGUUACGAAGCCAACGAAAAAUGCAAACCACUACAGGAUCAGUACACCGAGGCCUCUACUAACUGGUUCAUUAAAUGUGAGUGAUUCAAAUUGAAAUGU